AUGGCCGAGCAGCAGAGACAGCGCUCCCUUUCCACCGCUGGAGAGUCUCUCUACCACGUGCUGGGUGUGGAAAAGCUGGCCACUCCUGAUGACAUCAAGAGGUCUUACAGGAAGCUGGCACUGAAGUUUCACCCCGACAAGAAUCCUGACAAUCCAGAGGCGGCAGAUAAAUUCAAGGAGAUAAACAAUGCCCAUGCCAUCCUGAACGACCCCACGAAGCGUAAUAUUUAUGACAAGUACGGCUCUCUGGGACUGUACGUGGCUGAGCAGUUCGGCGAGGAGAACGUCAACACAUACUUUGUCCUUUCAAGUUGGUGGGCAAAGGCACUGUUCGUACUCUGUGGCCUGGCUACUGGCUGUUACUUCUGCUGUUGCCUGUGUUGCUGCUGUAAUUGCUGCUGCGGAAAGUGUAAACCACGGCCUCCAGAGGGCCAGGAGCAGGACUUCUAUGUGUCCCCCGAGGACCUGGAGGCCCAGCUGCAAUCCGACGAAAGAGGUGAGUCCGGAGUCUGCAAAACAGAGGCUGGCGGCGAGCCCAUCGUUCUGCAACCAUCAGCGACAGAGACGACCCAGCUAACAUCGGACGGUCACCACUCCACUUACCACACCGACACCGGCUUCAACUAACUCUCCGUUUCCCCCCCUGGUGUCGUGGCCCCACGG